CGGCUCCCCCCACGCGCCCGUGCCCUCACAAAACCAACACCCACAGGAGCAGGGUGAAGCUUCAGCACAGCGAGAGGAGCCGCUAGCAGGGCCAUGGGAAGGUAAACGUGCGGGAGAGGUGACAGCCGGCCCAACCAUGGUCUCUAUGGGACUCCAGCUGGUGGGCUACAUCGUGGCCUUCCUGGGCUACAUCGGCACGCUGACAACCACGCUGCUGCCCAACUGGAAGAUCAGCUCCUACAUUGGCUCGAGCAUCGUGACAGCUGUGAGCUUCACCAAGGGGCUAUGGAUGGAGUGUGCUACAUACAGCACGGGCAUCACUCAGUGCGACAUCUACAGCUCCCUGCUCAACCUGCCUCCUGACAUCCAGGCAGCCCAGGCCCUGAUGGUGAGCUCCUGUGCCGUCUCCUCCCUUGCUUGCCUUAUGGCUGUGGUGGGCAUGAGGUGCACCGUCUUCAAUCAGGGCUCCCCAGCCAAGGACCGAGUGGCAGUGGCGGGUGGUGUGGUCUUCAUCCUCGGGGGGCUGCUUUGCUUCAUCCCACUGGUGUGGAACAUCCAUGUGGUGCUACGAGAUUUCCACAACCCCCUGCUCCCCGACAGCACCAAAUUUGAGUUGGGGGAAGCUCUAUACCUGGGCAUCAUCUCCUCUCUGCUCUCCCUCAUUGGUGGCUUCAUCCUCUGUGCCUCCUGCCCUCCCCGUGACCCAUCAGGCCCCUACUCGCCCCGGCUGCUGGCAAGCAGGAGUCCCCAGCCCUCCAUGAAACAAAUGCAGAAGCCCAAGAGUGAGUUCAGCUCCUACAACCUGACGGGAUAUGUGUAGCAGCAGCAGGGCACCUGGUCAGCACUUUUCCUAGCUCCCAAAACACCUGGGCUGGCACCGAGGGCACACAGUAAGAGGAGAAGAUGCAGCGGUGUCUCCCACGUUCAUAUCUUUUGCUCGGGGAUCUUGACAUAUGACUGCUCAGAAAUCUCAGCUGUGGAGGACCCUGAGUCCAGCUUCUGUUACCACUUCUGGAGCUCCCCCUGCAAGCCAGCUGGAAGCACACCCAUAGCCCCUGCACGGCAGUCUUCUCAUGACCAAACUCCAUCCUGCAGCCCACAGCCCAGCAAGGACAGUGAAAUUGUGCCGCUGGGGCUCACCUGCUCAUCUGUGGCUCUGGAGACACCGGAGGGGGGAUUAGGGCACCCACAGGAGCCCAGAAUUUUGGGGGGACAGUGUGGGGAUGGAGUACUGAUUGCAAGCUGAUAUCACAAUAAAUCUGUGUUUCUA